UACAAACCGAUAAAAUGUAGGAAGCCUCACCCCUUCAAUCGCAUCAGUCAUCAGAGAUUCCGUCAAACCCAAAAGUCGCAUUCAACAACUGAAGCUCUCACCCGCGUUAAUCCUUCCUUCUUUUCGAUCUUUAUCGCCCUUUCUUUGUCUGUGCACACGCAAAACUUCGACGAAAAAACUCACAAUCCAAUCUCAUCUCUUUCUGUCACCGUCAAGGUAAAUUCAUUCAAAGGAUUAAUAAGAUUCCUGCAAUUUGUGGGUUGCCCAGAUACCGGGAUCCUAAUUACUUUUGCUCUCGGGUGUUGUCGGUUGAGAUUGCAUUUCGAAGAUGAAUCAAAAAGGAUUGAUUUAUAGCUUUGUGGCCAAGGGAACAGUUGUUCUAGCUGAACACACUUCGUAUUCAGGGAAUUUUAGUACCAUAGCUGUCCAAUGCUUGCAAAAAUUGCCUUCAACCGGUAACAAGUACACUUACACUUGCGAUGGCCACACGUUCAACUUUCUUAUUGACAAUGAAUUUGUGUUCCUUGUGGUUGCCGAUGAGGGUGCUGGAAGGAGUCUUCCUUAUGUUUUCCUUGAGCGGGUGAAAGAUGAUUUUAAACAGAGGUAUGCCGGAAGCAUCAAAAGUGGAGAUGCUCACCCUCUUGCUGAUGCAAAUGAUUCUGAUGACGAUCUGUUUGAAGAUCGCUUCAGCAUCGCAUACAACCUUGACCGGGAAUUCGGGCCUCGGCUUAAGGAACACAUGCAAUAUUGUAUGAACCAUCCUGAGGAAAUGAGCAGGCUUUCCAAGGUGAAGGCUCAAAUAUCAGAGGUCAAAGGAAUAAUGAUGGAUAACAUUGAGAAGGUUCUGGACCGUGGGGAGAAGAUUGAACUGCUUGUGGAUAAGACCGAAAAUCUUCAGUUUCAAGCUGAUAGUUUCCAGAGGCAGGGCAGGCAAUUGCGGCGGAAGAUGUGGUUUCAGAACAUUCAACUGAAAUUGAUUGUCGGAGGUUCUAUUAUUGCUUUCAUCAUCAUAGUGUGGCUGGUAGCAUGCCGAGGGUUCAAAUGUUGAUACUUGCCUAUAUGGAUAUCAAAUAAAGACUGGGUCUUAAACUACACACUUGCAAAUUUGCAGUUACCCGAUCUUUACCCUUUUCUCCUUGUACAAAACUUGAAAAAAAUAGACAAAAAAAGAAACCACUAGUAACUUGUGUAUUCUGUAAAUGAAGAAUGGUGUUAACUGCUAAAAUGUAUUGUUCCAGUGUCUUUCUGAAGCUUUUGAACA